AGCCGCUGCUCACCGGGGACGCCCGCGGCUCGCCCCUCUCAGCUGCGGGAGAAGAGCCUUUCGCCGCCCGAAAAUGCAGCAGCAACAACAGCAACGUCGCAUGUUCGCAGCUGCCCUCCUGGCAGUUGUUUUCAUUCUGGCAGCUGUGAGUACCACCGAGGCUGGCAAAAAAGAGAAACCAGAGAAAAAGGCGAAGAAGUCUGACUGUGGGGAAUGGCAGUGGAGCGUCUGUGUGCCCACCAGUGGUGACUGUGGCCUGGGGACACGCGAGGGCACUCGCACUGGAGCCGAGUGUAAACAAACCACCAAGACUCAGAAGUGUAAGAUUCCCUGCAACUGGAAGAAACAAUUUGGAGCGGAGUGCAAAUACCAGUUCCAGGCCUGGGGAGAAUGUGACUUGAAUACUGCCCUGAAGACUCGAACCGGGAACCUGAAGAGAGCCCUUCAUAAUGCUGACUGCCAGAAGACUGUCACAAUCUCAAAGCCCUGUGGGAAGCUUACCAAACCCAAACCUCAAGAAUCCAAGAAGAAGAAAAAGGAAGGCAAGAAACAAGAGAAGAUGCUGGAUUAAUGGAGCCAACUUGGGCAAUGUGAGAAAGGGACAUCAGCAAACACGAUCAGUUAACAGUUUCAUUUAUACCUAGGCAUUUUAUCCUAAAAUUAUUUAUAGCUUAAUGGUACCAUAGAAGGAAACAAGCAAACACAGAAAAAAAAAAAAUCCAUUUUUUAUUACUUUAGUAUUUUUAAUGUAUAACCCUAACAACAAUUUUUAGAGACCUGUAAUAAAGGACUCCAAACUCAUUUAGAAAAUUAUGUCUAUUGUAUAUUGAACAAUAUAGAGUUUUUUUAAAAUAAUUUUUUCUCAAGUCUUGCCAUAGGUCUCAAUCUGGUAAUUACUCCAUGCUAGCAGAAGCUGAAGCUGUGUGGAGCUCCGCUGAAGCCAGGGGUGCCCUGUGUGAACAUGGGAGUCUGGCUGGAUGCAAUUAUAUUUAAGAUUGGGACCUUAUAGCUGAAAAAACCCAGAUGUGUUUCUUCAGUUCUUAUUACAACUGGAUAACUGUAUGAAAUUUUUGUUUAAGGAAAGGAUGGGGGCAUUUUAUUGAGUAUUUACAGGCACAGAAUUUUUUUGGAUGUGUGGUGAAUGUUCAUUCCAAAAUGCCACCAUCUCUGGGUAAAAAACAGUAACACUCCUAUCGUUGGUCAUAUUUUGGAUGUUGACAGUAAAAAUUCUGAAGUCUUUCAACAGUUGGAUAUAGAAGAAUCCUAAUUUUUCACAGUUUUCUAGCAAUGAUUUUUCCCAGUGGAAUGAUAGCAAAACUUCCCAUUUUUUAGCAUAUCAGUGCUGGUGGAUGGUAGUGUCCCCUGGUUUACCUAUAAAAGCUGAAAAAUGCUUUCUUUUAUUUGUUUGGUUUGUGGUUUUUUUUUUUUUUUUCCCCCAGAAGGGAGAAUAUCCUCUUUACAAAAUUCUAGUUGAAAUUGUUGCGAUUCUGCCUGACCCAACUCCCUUUUGUAUCAGUGGGAAUCUUCCUGUUGAUUUUAAUGUUAGCUGGUUGAAAAAUAGUGUGUCUGGUGGGAAGUAACAGAAGAAAUCUGUUUGGAAACUGCCUGAGAUAGUUCAUAUUUUUGAACGAAAAAGGGACAGUUUGUGGGACUUGAAACCAAUAGGAAUGAAAUUAAUUUUUGUUUCUCUGUUAGUAAAGCAGAAGGGAAAUACAAAACCACUACCUUUUGCUUUCUUCCAUUUUGUAUAAGCAAAAAGACCUUGGAAAAGCUCAGUCAAAACAAAAAUAGUUCUGUGUGUUUUUUAAAUUUUUUUUAAAUGGUCUGCAGGGGAAAAAAAGAAUAAUAAACCAGCUGGGUUUCAGUUUGUUCAAUUUUACCUAUUUUAAAUGAUAGUAAGUCCUGAGAAAAGUCACGACGUAGAAAAAAGAUCUGACAAAGGGCUCGUCUGUCCCCAGGUAAGGGGUUGUUUAACAAACUAAACAACCAGCAGACCAGACUUUUUAGAGGAAACAUAAGGGAUUUCAGUGCCCAAAUUUAUUUCAAAAUCAUUGCUUUUAAAUUCUAAAUCUGAAAAUUCAACAGCAAGAAAUAAGCUUUACCAUUUGUGUAUGCUGCAGACUUACCUGCUGGUCAGGAGGAAUAGUCUCCCUUGUACUCCUGCAGAUAUCCACUGACUUCAGCGAAGCUGCAGCAGGGUGUGUUCAUCUGAGUAAAUCACAUUGCUCUUUUGGGAUUAGCUUGUAGACAAGCAGAGAGUCUUUUUCCAGACUAUCACUCCCCUUUUCUAUGCAAAAAAAAAAAACAAACCACCCAACCUAAAAUUGCAGAGCUUGCCCUCUUUUUUUCUGACAUGGAGGGUAUGGCUAAUCUGAACUCACAGUGAGGCAAGUCCUUCUGUAGACAUUCCCAAACCCUUUUGAAGCCAGCUAGCCAAGGCUGCACAUAGCUCAAGAUAGAUUAGCCAUACAAGUAUUUCCCAGACUCCUUGGGUGUGUUUUGCAGUCUGUAUUGAUGUUCUUGUUAUUUUGACUACACUGUUACACAUAUCUGAGCCAGUGAUAUAGUUAAAAUGUCCCCAACGUGGUGGACGUGCAAUGACCAAAUUCAAAAUAUAUCAUAAAGGCUCAUAUUUGGGUGGUUCUGGGUGCUAUUUGGUUUGUUCACAGUCUAAUCAGGUCUACCAGUGCUUGUGCCUCGGCUUAAACUAAUGGAUUGGUAGGUCUGACUGAAAGCAAAGGGAGAAAGCAGCUUUUUCACUCACCAAAGGUUUGUCUGUCUAAAUGCUGCAUCAGUUCACUUAAAGUGAUUUAGCUUUGAGUGCGAACACUGUUGCACCAUUGUCUUACACUGGUUAAUCUAGUCCGUGUUUCAUAGGGAGCUGGCAUGAAUUGGGAAUGAUGCUGAGACCAACAGUUUGACUGUCCUUUAGCAAACCUUAGAUGUGACUUCUGAUUUCCACCUCUGUGAGUAAGAAGAAAAUAAAUUUCCCUGUGUUUCCUCUGACACCUUAUGGCCCUUAUGAUUAACUGCCCCUCUGGCUUGUUAACGGAACAUUCCUAAUAGUUUUUGAAGGAGGCCAGUCAAGUUCCCAUUGUUGCGAUGGUCGUGUAGGGCCUCCAUGAAGAGAGUUUACAGAAAACAGAGAAACAAACAAAAAAAAUACCAUAUUAGGACCAGAAGAAAGCACAGCAGUCCUGGUAGAAAAGGGUGUGAAAUAGGAGAACACUUCCUCUGUGCUACUCAGACACAUAUGUUUGGGUCUAUAUUGGCAUCUUAUUGUUGACAGUAAUUGGAGUUGUAUCUGUCAUAGUUUAUAAACAAUGAAGAAAAUUUCCAAGAAACUAGCAGAAAACAUUCUGUGGUAACUCUGGCUAUGAAGGUGAUGAAAGUAAUUCGUGGCAGAACACAAAGGAAGGUUGAAUAAAAUAGGUCAGUCAGGUCAGCUCUGAAAGGAGGUACCUGGUACCUAAAAGGAGGAUUUGCUUCACUAGUGGCAUUAUCAAGAAAGCAAGAGGCAAGUAUCUGAACAAAACCUCUUCGCACCCCAUUUUGCUCCGUUUCCUGAGUCAUUCUGAAAUUUCUUCCUAUUUGCUUUCUAAUCUUCUACCCUCCCUCCUUUUGGAGGGCAAGCUUGUCUGACAGUGCUGUGGGGGCAGCUACUUCAGAUGAAAUACGUGUUUUGCCCUCUUGGUGCUAUCCUGUUACAAUGGAAAAUGACUUAGCGUAGAUGUGUUGCUUAGCUAGUUUAACUGACUGAAGCUUGUUUCAUGAAUGUCCAUCUCGAGAAGUGGUUUCCAUCUUUAUUUGCUACAGCUAUAAUAUGGUAUGGGGAGAUGAUAGAAAUCCCCCAAAUGGCAGCCUUUUUCUGAGCACUCAAAUCUCUUAGAAAAGAGAGGGGUGAGUUGCUGAACAUCAGCUAAGGAUGUAUCUGCAUCCAGACUCUGGAUUCUAGCAAGUUUAAACUUAGCAGAAUUUGGGUAUAGCUCCCUUCCCUUCCGCUAAGUAGGCUGAGCCAUGCUUCUAAGCAAUUAGGCCUGUCUGUAUCUUGAUUCAAAACAAUAUUUGAGGAUUGGGGCAUUUUCUGACUUUGACAUGUCUCCUCACAGAAGUACCCGUAUUGAAAGAGAAUCAUUGCUUGUUAGCCUGGUGUAUUUAACAGAGUAUUAAGUGCAGCAAAACUAUAGGGCAAGGCUCCAGGAAGGGAAAACAUUUGUUGUACAUGCAGGUAGAUACUAAGUUGUGACCUACUGAUUCUCACCUUCUAAUUCCAUAAUGACAUUCUGGACUGUACUGUUUUUCAAAGGAGAAAAAUUAGGAGAAAUGAGAGAGCAAUAAUUAUAAAACAUAUCAACAGGCAGUGUGGAGACUUUGUCAAGAAGAGACAGGUAUGAAGUCAAGAGCAUUUUAUACAAACUUCUUUUGCAUGCCUCUUGAGUAGGAAGGUAGGGUUACUGGCUGGCACACUUGUUUUUAUGCUUUGCUUGAUUUGUGCCUUAAUGAAAACUAAUCAAAUGUAGAAUGUUACAGAGAAGUAAAGUCCCACUCUAACCCCAAAAGAACAUGUCCAAUAGGAGGCAAUGUCAAAAGGACACAAUAGUAUAUCUGUCUUUUCUGGUUUAGCUGUGCAAGUUAUGAUGAUGUUGAUAGGAGAAAACAUAACGUGUUUCUUUUAAAUUUGGUGUAUAUCCUUCACCACUUGGCAUGUGGCGAUGGACAAUUCAAGUAAAACAAAGGAGCAUUAGGAUGAACUAAGGGGAAGUGAAUACUUAUGGAGACUGUUUAUGGAAACAGGUCUGUAAAACCCCUGAAACUAACCAUGCUGCUUGGAGGGAGCGUCUGAAGAUAAACAUUGUAUAGCAUUCCCAUUUGUUUAAUGGAAUCCCUUAAUAUAUGAUGAACUUUAUCUAACAUAUGAUGAACUUUAUCUGAGUUUCUUUAGUCUAAUGUCAAUGAUGAGGGUGGGACAAAAGCCAGCCUGACUUUCUCUCCAUCUAGGAACUGCAACAACAUUAAUGAUGUAAACCUGCCACUUUUCUAAAGCAAAAUAUUGGUGAAGUACACCAUUUUGACAUGACACCAUAGUCUUUCACAUCUCCCAAAUUCUUAUAGGAAGGGGAAGCAGUAUGUCAAUGGGGGUAGGUAUCUCAUAUUGAAUCUUUUUAAACUCUCUAGGGCAGCAUCUUCUGUGAACUUCUGACUGCGUUCUCUCCUUUGUGGGACAGAUUAUACCUGUUGUCUGCGUUCCCCCACUCAUCCCUGAUUUUGACAGUAUUUGUAGGUUUUCUGUCAAUUCUGCUAAGGCACUCUACCUCUCAGCCAAACUUGUGUGGAUAUUGUUGAUCCUUCUUCAUGCAUAAGGCUGUAUUCUUCAUUUCUGGCUGGAUUGUUGCAAAACAGCCCCAGCAAGCCCCUACCAUCAGGUACCUCUCAUUGUGUCCUUCUAAGAUUAAAAGACACAGUAGCAACUUGUUAAUCAGAAGAUGACUAUGAACAAGAAAGUAUGAGAAUGAGCAAAGAGAUUCCCUGGAUUCAUUGGGAGGGAGGCUUGCUGUUAAAACCUUUGUCAUAGCUCAACUUGGGCAAGACUUCCUAGGGGACAGAAAUACAUCACGUUUGAUGGAAAAUUAGAGACAAUGAUGAAAGAGUAUCUGCCCUCAAACAGAAGAACACCUUAGCUUCAUAAACAGUGGCACGAAGCUGCAUCCUUUCCCACUGUGUCCUCUUUUACCAUCAAAUUAAAGGGAAGAGACAUGGCGCAUAGAGCUUCAGGGAUAGUGGAAGACUUGCCUGAGCAAAGUAGAGCACGGGGAGAUCCUCUUCCACCUCAUGGGUGUUUGCAUUUUGAGAAGGUCUAGGUAGUCUUGUUCAUAGCAGCAGAAAACUUUGUGUGCUUUUGGACCAAAACUAAAUGAUGCUGAAGUCUAACCAUUUUCCUAAUGUUACCUUUCUGCUGCUCUUCCAAAAUGGCCUUGUGGCCUCAUCACUCUAACUUGAGCAGAAAUGAGAUAUUUCAAGGAAAACAUGGGAAUUC